CUCGGCUCAACAGUGCUCUGUUCAGAUAUCGAUGUGCUAUGACUCUGGGUUUCAGAAUGCGCCGGUCACCUUUUGCAACCAGCUUGUUGGCAUGCGGCCUCUUGCUCCUCUGUGACUCUCAUAGAGAACCUCACCACUGGUUGCAUAGUGUUUUUGUUGGUGCAACCAGCACUUUCAGGAGAGCCAGAACUACUGUGCAAGCAGGAGAUGCUGCAGAGGACCCAUCUUUCCAAGAAGGUGACAGGGCGAUGCUUACUGGCUUCACAGAGCGGACGUCCCUAAAUGAUGAGCCCGUUGAGCUCAUCAGAUAUGACCAAGAGAAAGAAAGCUGGAUCGUCAGACGUCAGUCCGAGCAGAGCAUCACCAGCUUAGUAUCCCUUAAAAAUUUAAAGCCAUAUCCAAAAAAGGAGGCGCCAUCACCACCAAAGGAUCGUGAAUUUAACAUUGUCAGUUUUUUGGCGUCCAUCAUUGGUACAGUGAUCAUUGCUGGAACAGCAAUUGCAGUGAUUGUUCCUUUGGGCCUGGGCUUGUACAAAGACAUGACUGGCGAAUAUUUGGUCACUUUGGACGUCCCAUCAACAAUUUGAUUUUUCAGCUCAGCUUCUCGAUUUGGGCUGCUGUGCUCACAAGACUCCUGUGGCGCGCUGCUACAAAA